AUGGAAGGGUCAGCCGAAGAUCGUGAGAUAGAAAUCACGUUAAAAGAAGAGCUUGCAUCGGAACAAGCGGCCAAACAAGCUCGUUUGAAAGAAGAAAUGGAGCAAGCUCGUCUGAGUGAAUUGAUCCAUGGGUACAACGUGGUUUCGAACAGACGACAAACAAAAUUCGUGACCGAGUCAUUCAAGAACCGAGGAAACCUGUACGGGGGUAUGGAUUUCCGAACGACCAGUUGGAACCCAACAUUUCCCCCCAUCGACCAAGCGGGCAUACGAUUCGCAGCAUCCGUUUUGACGCAACCAGAAGCCAAAUCCAGCAAAGGGGGCACGAUCUCCUCUUCUCGACCCAAAGACGAGAAAGGAUGGAAAGUCAGGAUGAACACCAUGAAGGCGAGGAUCAAAGCGAUGCACCUGGAUGAUCAACCAACGUUUUUCGAGAAAGUAUUGAUCGACCUGAUGACCUAUGAAACCAACGCCUAG